GGAACUGGCUCGCAAGAAUGCCCAUGUGUUCGUCGCGAGUCGAAGUAUAGAGAGAGGUGAUGCCGCUGUAGAAAGUAUAAAAGAAGAGAUAAACAAUGCUAAUGUGGAAUAUUUGCCAUUGGAUUUGCAAAGUUUAAAAUCUGUUAAAAAAGCCGCGGAAUUCUUUUUGGAUCGAAAAUUACCUUUGCACAUUUUUAAGGGACACUAUUACGCACCAACUUGCGGGAUAGAUUUUGAAAAUUUAAACAAUCCUAAUGCUUAUAGUCCACUUGAGCGUUAUUGCCAAUCAAAAUUAGCAAAUAUUUUAUUCUCGUUGGAACUUAACAAGAGACUUUCAGAUAAAGAAGUUUAUGUGAACUCCGUUCACCCAGGCAUUGUGAACACCGAGCUACUUCGUGGUGUAGAAGAAAACUACGGUUUUUGGGUAAAACCGCUCACCCGAUCAGUUAGUAAUAUAUUUUUUACAAGCCCUGAAAAUGGUGCAUUGACACAGCUUUAUUGUGCAACCAGCCCGGAAAUUGUUGAAAAGAAUUUACGCGGAUUAUAUUUCGUGCCCUACGCUAAAUUAGAAGAGCCCUCUGAAAAGUCAAAAGAUGAAGAGUUAGCUCGUAAGUUAUGGGAGUAUUCUGAAAAUUUUAUCGAUGAAAGGUUAAAGAAGAUCAAUGAAGAGGACAACUGA